AUGAGCUCCAAUCACGAUGACGACGACGGACUCUUUGAUGAAAAUGACGAUAGUAGUGAUGAGGAGGUUGCUGUCGUCAGAAAGUCGUCCAAGAAAAGAAAGGGCAACGACAAAUCAGGUGGCGAGAAGAAGAAGCCGAAACAGUCAUGGAUUGACGAUGCUGCGGAAGAGAGUGGAGAUGAAGGAGGUGAUGACGAUGACGAAGAGGACGACGAUGAAAACGAAAACGACUAUAUCAAGGAUGAUUUCGUUGUAGGCGAAGAUGAAGUUGAAUUCAAGAAGAAGCAGAAAACUGGUGAUCUAGAAGAUUCUGAUGACGAUGAUGAAGAUGAUGACGAUGAUGACACUGGAGGAAGAAAGUUGAGCAAAAAGAAGAGAGUUAAAAAGAAGAGAAACAACCUAGAACUUGCCGAAGAAGAUUUAGAUCUCAUUGCCGAAGCUCGUGGUGACACAGAGCGCGAUUCCAAACGACGCGAGCGAGAAGAAGCUGCUCGGAAAACGGUGUUUGGUAGAGAUCAAGAUGAGCUGCAAAAGGGCCUGUUUUACGACUCUGGUGACGAUGGUGCUGCAGCAACUGCUGCUCAGUCCAAACAAACCAAGCGCAGAAUGGUAGAGCAGUUCGAUGAAGAUGGAAUGGACGACUUUAUUGAUGAUGAUCUUAACGAUCAAAGCCAGAUUAUGGCUAGUGCAAGAUCCGAUGCCUACGACGACGAAGGGGCUGGUGUCAGUGAAGCACAACUCAAUGAGGCAAGUGAGAUCUUUGGUACUGACUAUCUCGAAUUCAUGGCCAAUGAAGAUCAAAACAUGGACGAGGAAGAAGAAUUGGGCGGCAAGUACAGAGAGCGUGGGGUUGGUGUGGACCUUCUUGAUUCCGACGAGUCUUCUGAUGAGGAUGAUGAUGACGACGAUGAUCUCUUUGGAGAUGACGACAGAGGAGGUGAUUCUGUUCAGGCGAGCCAAAAGCGGGAAGCGUUGAAGUUGAAACGUGAGAAAAAGGAACUUGCAAGGCAGGAACGAAGAAAGCAAAAGCUACAACAGAAAAAUGCAAAGCGAAAAGCGCAACUACGACGAGCUUUUGAGCCUGUGCAACUCAUUGAAAACUUCUGCACAGAUCGUGAUGAUGAAAUUCGAAGGCUUGAUGCACCAGAACGCUUCUUCGAUUGGAAAAGCCAUUUCCACGGAUCUCCUGAUGGUGGCGAUCCUACUGAAGAAGAGGAAGAGGAGGCGAUGUGGAUUAUUGGUAGAAUCCCUGAGAUUGCCUCGGAAUACUUUGCUCCGACUCAGAAUAUGGAAGAAAUGGAAGAGCGCGAGAAGAGAGUGAUGAACUCUAUUGUUCAGGCUUUGCGAUUACUCCAUGUCGACAAGUUGGAACCGGCAUUCAUUAAGAGGUAUCGUGAGGACCAGGUUGCUUCUCCAGCUGUCAGGGAGAAUCUCUACAGAAUUAUGGACGAGGAUGACGAGUAUAAUACGAUGGUUACAGCUCGGACCAAAGUUGGCGAAAUUUUGGAAUCGGUAAUAAGGGAUGUCGAUCAUAUCGAAGCAAGAGGCGCUGAAGCUGAUUUUGUCAAAAAGCUUGAAUUGGAUCUCAUGAACGCAGAAGAAAAGCUAGAAGAAGCUGCCAAACAAGAAUCUCAACUCAAGACGGAAAUAGAGCAACUUGAUUCAACCGAUGCGGUGGACGAUGACGAUGAUGACGAGUUGUUUGGGGAUGAUGACGACAAUGACAAUGAAGCAAAAAAGGAAAAACAAGAGACUCUUAAGAAGCAUCUUUCCACAAUACAAGCACUGAUGGAAGAUAGAGCAGAAAAGGUAACAGAUGUCCAAACCAAGCUUGCAUCUGCUCAAGCAACCUCUCGGGAGUCGAUGCAAGACCAAGGACCUGCUCAGGAAGUUAUGAGAAAAACCUGUCGCGAGAGUCUUUGGAACGCAGAAGACAUUGUUGACUAUCUGUCCGGAUUGACGGACAUGCGACAUGCUGUUGAUUUGAACAUGUAUCUCAGCUUGAUUAAGGAAGGCAACGAUGCCAUCCGAAAGAAAGAAAUGCCCAUGCUGAGUCAGUCCGACAAAACAAAGGAUGGUAGAAAGAAGAGUCGGAGAUUUGAUCGUGACUUUUACAGAACUUGUGUCAGUGAAGGAUUGAGAAGUAUAUGCUACAAAUUCCUGUUGCCACCUAAUCGUGUUGGAAUCAAAAUAGAAGACAUGUCACAGUCCCAGAAUUUCGAUUUCAAUAAGGCAAUGCCAGGAGAACAGAACCCAAGCCCACAAAAUUGGGUUGCGCCAAUGCUGGAGUCUCAAUCUCCCGAUGAAUUUGCCAACGAUUUGAUCGGAAGUGGCGAACUAAUUUUGCUGUCUUCUUCUGGGGGCACAGAUCCUGGUGAUCAAGAAACAAGCGAUCCACUCCGUGGAUGUCGAUAUGUUGCCGCAAUGGAAUUGGCCCACGAACCUCGUGUCAGACGCCACCUUCGCAACAUCUAUCGUCGUUAUGCAGUUCUGACUACUCGUCCAACUAAGAAAGGAAACGAAAUUAUAGAUGCAUUCCAUGACUACUAUGGCUUGCAUCUGAUCAAGGACAAGGGGGUUAAGGAGCACUUUCCCAUGGACGAAAAGGAGGCAGCAGAAAAGAAGGCAAUGCUCGGACCUGAUGAAUGUAGAGAGCUGGAUCGUGAAAUGAAGAAACGAGAGCAUGAGAGUUGUUUGCAGUAUCUUCGUAUCCUCAAAGCAGAGCAUACCGGACACAUCUCCGUUCAUGUACACUUACCGCUAAAGGAGCAAUUCGACGACUGGUAUACCCAUGAAGAGCAGUACGCUACCCGCGACAAACAGGACAUAGGUGCUCUUAUGGAAGAAUUAGAAAGAGUUUACUUUCCUCUUGACGGCGACACAGAGGAAUGGAACGAUGAGCGCAGAAAGAUUCUCACUCAAGCUUUGAUUCAAUUCCUACUUCCUAGAUUUGAAGGUGAGAUCAGACGAGAGUUAAAAGAGGCUUGCAUGAGGAUUGGCGUUGAGGCUGCUGGGGAGAAUCUCUAUAAUUUGGCCAUGGAGGGCCCAUACAGACCUCAAGCGCUUAUGCAUACAGAAAAUCGCUUCCUAUAUCCAACCGGUGACCUCCCGAUGGUUGGUAUCUGCUGUUCGGCAGAUCCAAAAGAACCGACUUACUUGGCUUCUGUGACUGAGCGUGGAGCUUUCAACGACCACCUGGCCAUCCCAGGAGGGACGAGGGUUGAUUCCGGCAAAAAUCGAGAAAAGGUCAUCACAUUCCUUUUGCAGUCUCGUCCCGCAGCGGUCCUUGUUGGUACUUCUGGUGGCUUUGAGAGUAGGAUUCUACAUCGAAAGAUGAACGACUUAAUCAGCGAGGCAAUGCAGCGAUGGAAGGACAAGGAUAUUCAAGGAGAGGACGAAGACGACGAAGACUACGAAUCUCGCCGAGCUUCUCUCGAUAAAUUAAGAUACGAAGAUGACGAAGAUGAGGAGUGGACUUGUAACGCUGAUUUGAUUGAUGAUAACGUCGCCCAGCUAUUCGGAAGAAGUGUUCGAGCGAAGAAAGAGUUCCCAGACCAUCAAACGAAUCUCAAGAUUGCUGUCUCCAUUGCUCGAUAUGCAAAAGAUCCAUUAGGUGAAUUGACUUAUGCUUGGAGUGUGGCGAGCGACACUGGUAAUUUUGGAGCCGAACUGCUUUACAUCAAUAUCCACCCAAUGCAACAGCAGCUACCACGGACACUACUGUUACGUCAAUACGAAAGAACACUUUGUGAAGUUGUCGCAGCAAUUGGAGUUGAUGUCAAUGCUGCGUGUUCUUUGGACCACUUGCAAGGAUUGCUCUCGUUUGUACCUGGCUUUGGGCCUCGAAAAGCUGCGAGUUUGAAACAGAGUGUCGAACAGCUUGGGGAAACCAUCGGCAGUAGGCGCUUUCUGCUUGAAAAGCGUCUGAUGGGGCCCAUUGUCUACAACAAUGCUGUUGCCUUUCUGCGAAUCCGCAAUGUUGAUGUUGACGAUGGUCACAUCAUGAAUCCGCUCGAUGAUACUCGUCUUCAUCCUGAUGUGUAUACACGGCACAACUGGGCAAUCAAGAUUGCCACCGACGCUCUAGAAAGAGCAGAAGAUGAAACUAGGAACAAGGAGAGAGCAAGCAUCAAGGCACUUCGUGACGUGAUGGAUAACUCUGCCCAAGAGGUCGAACGACUUUUCCUUGCGACCAAGGAAGAAUGGGAGGCUCUUUAUGGUCCGACCUUCAAGGUGUUUGAAUGGAAUCCAAAGGUCAGCGUACCUUCUGAUAAGUGGCGCGACAAAGUUGAAGAGUUGGAUCUAGAUGCAUUUGCAGGAAUGAUCGAGGAAUCUGGCCACGGGAAGUGGAAUUCUCAUCUACAGAUGAUCAAAUGGGAGUUUCGUUUACCCUAUUCAGAUCCCAGAGCUCCCAUGGAGCCAUUGACGGGUGAUAAACUAUUCAAACUGAUUACUGGAGAAUCAGAUCAAUCGCUUCGACCUGGCAAGGAAGUAACUGGCAAGGUUAUGCGCAACGGUGAUUUUGGAUCACGGGUUAAGUUGGAGGGAGACAUUCCAGCAUUUAUUCCACUCCGGAACUUGUCGGAUGAACAUGUUGAGACUGCAGAAGAUAUUGUCUCAAUUGGAAUGGUGGUGACGGCUGUGAUUACCGAGGUUAAGAAGGAUCACAUGUGCGUUGACAUGAGUCUGAAGAUGGAAGACUUCAAGAAAAAGCCAAGUGCUUGGGAUCGUCCAGCUACUCUUCCGCCACUUGACGAUCACUUCGAUUGGAGGGCCAGUCACAGUGUCGAAGAAAAGAAAAGCAAGGAGCGUGAGGCACGUUUGGAAGCUCAACAACUUAGCUUGGGCCACACAAAUGUUGGUGAAGACGGUGCUCCCAAGAAGCGUGCAGGAAGAAUUGCGCGAAGAGCUUGCGCCCACCCAGCAUUUCGGAAUUCCCGACAUGAUGAAGUUGAUAAGGAACUCAAAGAAGGCGGGGCUGCUAUGGUCGGUGAAGCUCUCGUUCGGCCGAGCAGCAAAUCUAGCGACUCUUUGGCUGUACACUGGGUCGUCCAGGAGGGUUCGAUCAAAGUUGUGGAAGUUAUCGAAGAAGACAAAGACAAUGACGCCGCCAUAGGAAACAUUCUCAAGAUCAAGGAUGAAACCUAUGGUAGCAUUGAUGAACUUCUUGGUAGAUACGUGGCACCAAUGAACGACUACGUGGAGGAGCUGAUGAGCCACCGUAAAUUUGCUGACAUGCCAGAAGAUGAAUUGGACGAAAAGUUGAGGAAAGAGAAAACAGCAAACCCGAAGGGAAUAUUCUACAAUAUUUGCUGGAUGGAAAUGCACCCAGGAUAUGCAUCCCUUCGUUUCAUCCUAAGUUCGACUACUCGAGCUCAUCCUAUUGGCAUCUCACCCAACGGCUUUGUCUGGGGGACGAUUAAAUACCCAAAUCUGGACAAACUAUUGAACGAUUUCAAGAAGAACCCUCGUGGUUCCUCGACUGGAAAACGAACCGCAAGCUCAAGUGGCGCUCAAUCGCAAAAGCCAACAGAGCCAAGAGCUUCACGAUGGGGCAGCAGACCUCCUCCACCGUCAGCCCCACCACCAUCCUGGGGAUCACAGUCCGCUGCUCAACCAGCUCCAGCACAACAAUGGGGAGCUGCUUCUGCCACAGCUCAAGGUCAGUGGGAUCGACCACCACCUCCUGCUGCGGGAUAUGGACAACCACCACCACCAAGCUACGGCCCACCACCAGGUGGGCCACCACCAUAUUCGAGACCACCUGCUCCUCCAAACUACCCCCCUGGCAUGUAG